CUCGUGUGUUGUUGUGUCUCUGCUCUGUGCGUCGAUUCAAUUCACCCACCUGUCGAUCUCGACUCACAGGUGCACAUAAAUGCUUACACACGCUAGCUUAAUUGACGCAUCACGGACAGACACGCAGGCAAUAUUCACACGCAACCUACCUAACCAGCCGCCCCCCCUCGCUCGGUUAGGUUAUCCCCCCUCCCCUUUGGUCUCGGCGGCAGCUGCCUUCUCGACACGCCCGUUGAUGGUUCCAUGCGCCCUUGACGUCACCGCCGCUUUGUCAACCUUCUCUUCCAACUGACACACACACACACACUCUCUUAUUGUCUGCUCGUUUCCCACCUCGAGGGCUCGUGAGUACCUGAAUUGCCCCGCCCCUCUCGGCCUUCAGGUGCUGCCGGUUGUGCGCUGCCUUGGUGUCCAGUGCGGUCUCAUAGACAAUUAGGACAGCCAGCGCCGCCAGUGCGAGGGCCGCAGAUGCGAAACCGAUGCUGCUAAAGCCGUGCUGCUUAAGCAGGAAGCCCCCAAGGGUCGGGGCGAUCAAGCCACAAGCGGAUCGUGUCGCAUGGCCGAGGCCGAUGACGCUGCCCUGCCGUUCUGACGGGACGAUCUCGGUGAGCAGGGCCGUACUGACGGUGUAGAUGGUGCUGGUGGCGAAGCCCAGCGGCAGAAUGAGCACAAACAGACUGGCGAGGCUCCACACGUAGGCGUAGCCCACCAUACAGGCCACCAGGGUGCAGGUGGCGUACAGCAGCAUCGACUUCUCGGACGUCAGCGCCACUGCCCAACCCUGCACAGCACACCACAGCACAGCACACACCAUAUAAGAUAGAUACGUGUGUGCACAUUGCGGACACAUCCAGGCCGGGCGGGCAGGCCUCUGUGUGUGUUUAUGCUGUGCUGACCACAGUGAAUGAGUUAUGCAGUGUGCCGAGGGCGGCGCUGUAUGUCAGCACAUAGCCCAGCUCACUCGGACGCAGCUGCAGCCUACACACCACACACAAACACACACACACACACACACACACACAUACACACACACACACGGAGAGAGAGAGAGGGAGACGUUGACAGAUAGACCACGCGAGUGUGUGCUUUCAUUUGAUUCAUCAAUGGGUACUUACUUGUCGGCAAGCGCCAUAGAGAGAGUGCUGUGGAAGACGGCGAAGCCCAUGCCGACGACCAGCUUGAACAGCAGGAGGGCGCUGACAGACGGGAUGCCCACCAGGUGGGAGAAUGCGGCCCACACACCUUCAGAGGCGCCGCCCUUUUUGUCCUCCUGCUCCUUGCUGCCCACAUCCACGUCGCUGCCCGCCUUCUUGUGUGGCUGUCUGUGUGUGCCGGACGGCAGACACGCACCGUCAAGCACACCGAGGGCGAGCGUGAUCACACCUGUCAGCAGUAACGAAACACAGACGUCUGUCUGUAUGUGUGUGUGUGUGUGUGGAUGAAUCCACAUAUCUGUCUGUCUGUCUGUCUGUGUGUGAGUGCCUGAUGUGAGAGCCACAGGUCCGUAGCCGAUGCGCUGCGCGAGCAGCCCACCGGUUGACGAGCCGAGCACCAUCCCGACACCAUAAGACAAAGAGAGCCUGCCUAUCGCCGCUGUGCGGUCAGCUGUGGUCGUGUAACUGGCCAUGAAGGCCUGACACGGAGGGACAUAUAGAUAGAGGACAAUGCAUUCAAUGAGCAGACAGACAUGCCGCCCGCCCGGCUCUCGCGUCGUUCGUUUCGCCGGCCCCUCACCUCACCUGUGCGACCUGCAUGCAGUGCAUGAGGGCCGUCGGUAUCCUGGACACGAACAGCAUCAAGGGCGUCCGCGACAGCCUGCCCACCGGUGGGCACACACAACACACACACGCGCGCGAACACACACAUGGCAUGGUGUUCCGUGAGGUCACAGUCUGCUGAUUGUGUCUGCUUGUUAUGUUACCCAAGGAUGACAUAUGAGAGGCCGCUGGCCAUCUGCGUGACCACCAUGGCGAAUCGCGGAGAGGCCGCGUCAGACAUGCGCCCCACCCAUGGGCCGCCGAUGAGCUGCAUCAAGGAAAAGACCGUCUGGAAGCCACCUGCGCACACAACAAACAACCACAAACAGCGUCACGGAUGGGCGGAUAACGUCGUGCAUUGCCAAGCACACACACCGAAUGCGACAGCGUCUGCGCCGAGUUCCUUCAUGAGGAAUGGCAAGACUGGCUGACACAGCCAGUAGCAGAAGGCAUAGAGGACAAUGUUGAGGUGCACGAGCAGCAGCACGGGCAGCGCUGAAGGCUCAGGAGCGAACGCGAAGCGGCACAGGGCGCUGUGCAGCGUGUGAAGCGCCUUCAUCUUGAUUCUGGCUCGUGAAUGAUCGAUGUGAUGGAAAUGCGAGCGGUUGUGAAC